AUCUCUAAUCAUUUUGAUAAAACCUACCCGUUAUCUCUCUAGGGUUUUAUCUUCUCAGACUUUCUUCAGUCCUGCAACCAAAUACAAUACUCUCUUCCUGCAUAACCAAGCUCAUUUGUCCCCAAGUUCAACCUCUCUGUCCCUAAGAAAUGGCGACCUCCCAGUUGACAGCUUCUUCUGUCACAGUGCCGGCGAGGAACUUCGUGUCAUUUGAUGGGGUAAGACCAUUGGCUGUCAAGUUUGCUUCUUUUGGAACUGUAAGACCUGGGACACUGUGCCAGAGGUCGUUUAAAGGUUUGGUCGUAAAAGCUGCCACCGUCGUUGCCCCUAAGUAUAUCUCCAUUAAGCCAUUGGGCAAUAGAGUGUUGGUGAAGAUCAAAACUGUGGAGGAAAAGACAGAUGGUGGAAUUUUGCUUCCUUCAACAGCUCAAUCGAAGCCUCAAGGUGGUGACGUCGUUGCUGUUGGUGAGGGAAAAGCAAUUGGCCAGACCAAAGUGGACCCUUCAGUAAAGCCUGGCACCCAGGUUGUUUAUUCCAAAUAUGCAGGGACAGAGCUGGAUUUCAAUGGUGAAAAUCAUCUUAUCCUCAAGGAGGAUGACAUUGUCGGCAUUCUUGAGACAGAUGAUAUCAAGGAUCUCAAGCCUCUGAAUGACACAGUUUUCAUAAAGGUUGCUGAAGCUGAGGAAAAAACUGCUGGAGGUUUGCUACUCACAGAGGCUGCCAAGGAGAAACCUUCCAUUGGCACGGUGAUAGCAGUUGGCCCUGGUCCUCUGGAUGAGGAGGGCAACAAGAAGCCACUGUCUGUUGCUCCAGGGAACACGGUACUGUACUCCAAGUAUGCUGGGAACGAUUUCAAGGGCAAGGAUGGUACUAGCUACAUUGCCCUAAGAGCGUCUGAUGUAAUGGCUGUGCUCUCUUAGUUGUCUAGAUUGGAAUGUAGGGCUGAAUUUUAUGGCUGAGUUGCCGAAAGGCAUGAGGAUUUUGGUUAUAAUUUCACUUCAGAUAUAAUCGAUUGUGCCUUCUUGUUUCCCUAAAUGCCCUACAGUUUUUUGGAUAUUCGAAGAAAGAACAUCGACUGGA